AUGCAAGCACGAUCACGGCUACUAACAGCAGCCUCUCGGCGCAUGGCUACCAUGUCGAGGGGGGCUACCCGACAGCGACAAUUUCCCCAAGCCCUCGCUACAACCACACCGCAGACGGCAGCUCUGGUAAACUCACUACGGCUCGUGCCAUCUGUGGCAGCUCGGCACUAUUCCAAUGGCAGACCGCACCCACCGGGCGGUACUCACCGCAUGAACAUGGGAGGCGAGCCGGAGAAGCCUGCUCUGGAACAAUACGGCGUUGACUUGACGGCAAAGGCAAGGGAUGGAAAGCUUGAUCCCGUUAUUGGCAGAUCGGCCGAGAUUCAACGAACGAUACAAAUUCUAUCGAGAAGGACAAAGAACAACCCGGUGCUUAUCGGUAAUGCUGGUGUAGGCAAGACGGCGAUUCUGGAGGGGCUGGCCCUGGAAAUCGUACGGGGGGCUGUUCCGGAGAGCAUCAAGAACAAAAGGGUCAUCAGUCUGGACCUUGGCUCGCUCAUCGCGGGAGCCAAGUUCAGGGGUGACUUUGAGGAGAGGCUGAAGAAGGUGUUGACCGAGGUGGAACAGGCGAAUGGGGAAGUUAUCCUCUUCAUUGAUGAGCUUCACACCCUUCUGGGUCUUGGAAAGGCCGAAGGGUCUAUCGACGCUUCUAAUCUCUUGAAACCCGCCCUUUCAAGAGGUGAGCUUCAGUGCUGCGGCGCUACGACCCUCGCGGAAUACCGUCUAAUCGAAAAGGAUGUCGCUCUCGCACGGAGAUUCCAACCCAUCAUUGUCAGCGAGCCAACAGUCCAAGAUACCAUCAGCAUUCUGCGAGGUAUCAAGGACAAGUACGAGGUGCACCAUGGUGUCCGCAUCACUGACGGUGCCCUGGUCGCCGCAGCUACUUAUUCCAACCGCUACAUCACCGACCGUUUCCUCCCAGACAAGGCAAUCGACUUGAUGGACGAGGCAGCAAGCUCUCUCAGACUGCAGCAAGAGAGCAAGCCAGACGACAUCCAACGCCUCGACCAAAAGAUCAUGACCAUCCAGAUCGAGCUCGAAAGCUUGCGCAAGGAAAAGGACAUUGCAAGCAAGGAACGACGUGAAAAACUCGAGGCCGAUCUGAAGACGUACGAAGAUGAAGUCAAGGUCCUGACCGAGAAGUGGGAAAAGGAAAAGACCGAGCUCGACGCCAUCAAGCAAGCCCAAGCCGAGCUCGACAGAGCCAGAGUCGAACUUGAAGUUGCCCAACGCGUUGGCAAUUUUGGCCGCGCAUCGGAGCUCCGCUUCGGCAUCAUCCCUCAGCUGGAACAAAAGCUCCCCAAGGAAGACGAGAAGAAGAGCGAGACGACCCUGAUCCAUGACUCUGUCACGGCAGAUGACAUCGCCAACGUCGUGUCCCGCAUCACGGGCAUCCCAAUUUCCAAGCUCACCUCUGGCCACACCGAACGCCUGAUCCACAUGGAGGACAUCCUCCGGGAAUCCAUCCGCGGCCAAGACGAAGCCCUCAAAGCCGUCGCCGACGCCGUCCGGAUGCAGCGCGCCGGGCUCAGCGGGGAGAACCGCCCCCUGGCAUCCUUCUUCUUCUUGGGGCCUACCGGUGUAGGCAAAACAGAACUCUGCAAGAAACUAGCCGGUUUCCUCUUCUCGACCGAGUCGGCCGUAGUCAGGUUUGACAUGUCGGAGUUCCAGGAGAAGCACACGAUUUCUCGUCUGAUCGGUGCUCCCUCUGGAUACGUCGGGUACGAGGACGCGGGUCAGCUCACGGAAGCCGUCAGGAGGAAACCCUACGCCGUCCUCCUCUUUGAUGAAUUCGAAAAAGCCCACCGCGACAUCUCGGCUCUGCUCCUCCAAGUCCUCGACGAAGGCUACCUCACCGACGCCCAGGGCCACAAGGUCGACUUUAAGAAUACCAUCAUCGUGCUCACCUCCAACCUGGGCGCUGAGAUCCUGGUGGGAGCGGACAUGCUCCACCCUUACAAGGAGACUCCGGACGGGGACAUCCACCCCGACGUCAAACGUGCCGUCAUGGACGUUGUUCACUCCCAAUACCCGCCCGAGUUCCUCAACAGGAUCGACAGCUUUAUUAUUUUCAAGAGGCUGGCGCUGGAGGCGCUGAGGGAUAUUGUAGAUAUUCGGCUGAAGGAGCUGCAGCAGAGGCUGGACGACAGACGGAUCACGCUCGAGGUUCCGGGGGAUGUGAGGCAGUGGUUGGCGGAGAGGGGGUAUGAUCCCAAGUUUGGGGCGAGGCCGCUGAACAGGUUGAUCACGACGGAGAUUGGGAACGGGCUGGCGGAUAAGAUUAUCAGGGGGGAGAUUAGGAAGGGGGAUCAUGCGGUUGUGAGGGUGAAUGAGGAGAAGACGGGGUUGGUGAUUGAGGGACAGCCUGGGAAGGGGGAGGAGGGUCGAAAGGAGGAGGGGGAAGAGAAGUAA